UGUCGAGGUGAAAGUGCAAGCUGCCAUUUUUUCGUAGGAAUCUUCCUGACUAGUUAGACAAGCAAAGACAAACUGGGAGUUUCACCGUCACUCUGUAGCGGCUUUGUUUCAUCUGCAGGAGUACUGAAGACAUCCUGCACGCAUAACAGAGAGGCUUUGUUGAUUUAAACUCGGGUUAAAGCGCGGGCUUAGCUCGGGUCUGCACUGGUCUGCAGAUGGCUGCUUAGCUCGGCUAGCUAACGUUAGCUGUGUCUGUAAACAAACAGUGCAGUCUGUGAGGAAACAGCCGCUGAAAACGAGCUCACACCUCGCAGGUCGGUUCAGUAGAUGUGGUCGGUAGUUCAGGGAGAUAAAGGGCUAAUAUAAAGUUAGAAACGUAGCUGUAGGUGGAGGCAGGAGGCGCUUUGGAGCCGCAUGUCUGCAAGUUAGCGACACAACUUCAGUUUUGAUGACAGUGCGAGUUUCUCCAAACUAGGUCGGAGCUCAGUCGCUUCAGAGCGGGUCGGGGUCAGUCGGGUUCACGGGGGAGACACACACCUACACCGGCAUGUCGUCCUUCUCGGAGUCGGCGCUGGAGAAGAAGCUGACGGAGCUGAGCAGCUCACAGCAGAGCGUCCAGACUCUGUCUCUGUGGAUCAUCCACCACCGCAAACACUCGGGACUCAUCGUCAAAGUGUGGCACAGAGAGCUGAAAAAGGCUAAAUGCAACAGGAAGCUGACGUUCCUGUAUCUGGCCAACGAUGUCAUUCAGAACAGCAAGAAGAAAGGACCAGAAUUCACCAAAGACUUUGAGACUGUCCUCGUUGAUGCCUGCUCACAUGUUGCCCGUGAAGCAGAUGAGAAUUGUAAAAAGCACAUGGAGAGACUGCUGAACAUCUGGAAGGAGAGGAGCCUCUACAGAGGCGACUUCAUUCAGCAGCUCAAACUGGCCAUAGAAGACUCAAACAGCCCCAGGCCUUCAGAAGAGAAGAAGGCUGUAAAACGAACCUAUCAGAAGAUCCAGGAAGAGGAAGACGAUGAAGAUGACGACUACAGAAGCCAUAACUCCCCUCACAACACAGACAUCACCGCAACUCAACUGACAGAGGAGCUGGUGAAGGCCCUGCAGGAUCUGGAGAACGCUGCAUCAGGCGACGCAGCCGUUCGUCAGAAGAUCGCCUCGCUGCCGCAGGAAGUCCAGGACGUUUCCCUGCUGGAGAAGAUCACUGACAAGGAUGCAGCAGACAAGCUGUCUAAGACGGUGGAUGAAGCCUGUUUGCUGCUGGCGGAGUACAACGGCCGGCUGGCUGCAGAGCUGGAGGACCGGAGGCAGCUGGCUCGCAUGCUCACUGAAUACAUCGGCAGCCAGAGGGAGGCGCUCAUGGAGAGAGAGAAGAAACUAGAGGAGUAUAAGCAGAAACUGGCGAGGGUGACCCAGGUUAGAAAAGAGCUAAAGUCCCACAUCCAGAGUCUCCCUGACCUCUCCCUCCUGCCCAAUGUGACCGGCGGUCUAGCCCCGCUCCCCUCGGCCGGAGACCUCUUUUCCACCGACUGAAGGUCUUUGCCCAGACAAACUGCCCCCCCUGCCCCUCCCCAACCAAACCCGGCUCCACAUUUGAUUCACAAAAAACUAGCUGUUUCUCCAGCCAGAGGACACGUGUGGUCAAACCUGCAGGACAAGAAGGGAGGAAGGGAGAUCAGAAGGAAGGUUUGGUGAAAUGAAAACGCUCUGCAGAGGAGAACAGAGACUCUGUUAGCCUGGAUUUUUCCAGCACUUUUGCUUGACCGACAAGGAUUCCACUUCACCAGCUUGGAAAGUUUGUUUCCGGUUUGUUUUUAUUAUUUUUUUAACGCUGGAAAUGUAAGUGAUCUAGGAGGAGGGGUUGGGGUAAAGACGCAAAGCUUAGACGGACAUAAAUGUUGGUUGUCAGGACGUGUCGAUCAAAGUGUCUUUCUGUGUGGUAUAUUUUUGGCUUCUGCAAGCAAAAGAUGGCCGUUUGCUCUCAAAAUGCUCAGAGGUUGUGACUACACUGUGAAGAGGAUGUACCAGUCAUUAGUUUUAUUUUUUGGCUUUCAGUUGGGGGCUUUUUAUUGACACAUAGUCUGAUAGGUGGUUUUGAUGUGUGUGUGUGUACAAUUCUAGAAAAUAUCGGAUUGGGUUCGGUGUACGUUGCUGAGUUCAGUAACACUACCUAGAGACGGAAAUGUAAUAAGUUUUGUGGGACAGUCAACGUUUUUUUAUUUUAUUUACAGACUAACUUUUUGCAACUCAACGCCCCUGUUUGUUUUCUCACUUUAAUUUGGACAGAUGCUUGAAAUAUGCUUGAAAUAAGACUAAUUAUGUUCAGAAGUUUGUACUAAAGAAGUUGUGAGUUUUACAAAAGAAAUCCUGGAAGUUUUCCAAUAAACUUCUUUCUAAACAUCUUUAGUUGUAUAAGAAAAAUGUAUGAAACCCCAAAACUUAAAAAAUACAAUAUUUUCCUUGGAGGCAAAAAAAGGUAAAAAAAACGAAAGAAAGGUGUUAAGUUUUAGUGUAUGUAGAGCUGGGCAAUAUGGAAAAGAAAUAUCGAGUAGAUUAGAGAAAUACCCUUUUUCUGAUGUUAUGUAUAAAGAAUAAAUACAGGCUGUAAUGUGAAAUGUAAGCUAAAAUUUCAAGUAUUAAAGAAAAUUUUGUUCAGUGAUUCAUAAUAUUAAAUUCCCACAAUGAUAUUGAAAUGAUGUAUGAUAUUUUGUGCAUAUUGCUCAGUCCUACCUGUGUCUAGAUGUCCAGUGAUGAAAUAUUUUACUAAAAAGUAGCAGCAACAGAUUCACCUCUGCUGUCCCUUCCUCAGGUUUCUUUUUUAAAGUGAGGUUACACAUUACAAAUUAAUUGAGAUAUUAAAGUCAGGAAGUGCGUGUUAUUCCCAAAAUCACUUUUGCUACAAGAGGUUGUCAUGAUUUUCUGAACAGAACAAUGUGUAUCAUUUGUUUAGCUCCUAUUUGGUUUUAAGUUGUCUGUAUACAGAAAGAGAAGAGAUUUGAGAAGUUUUAUGAUAAAAGGUCAGAUGUUUACUUGGAGAGCAGAGAGAACAGUUGCUGUAAAUUCCCUGAUGAUUCAACAAGCUCGGGCUGAGAAAUGCUGCCUUUUCAGUAAACUCUCAGAUUGAUUGGCGUCUCGUGACAAAGUCUUUCAAACAUCAAGUACAAUGUGAAUCUCAGCAGUGUUUGUGAAACCAAAGGUGUGGAUGUAAUCAUUAUAACAACAGAUAUCUGGACCGGUUUCUGGUGCGUUAAAAUGUCCCCAAAUCAGAUCAACUUUCUGUGGCUGUGUAGGUUAAAGUUUAAGGAACAGAGAGUGGAGGGAUUUUGACCUAUUAUUUGGUACAGUCUUGAUUAUAAUUCAACAGUAAGUUAAAGAUAAAUACAUAAAGUGUUGACAGGAAGGAUUUCAGCACCAUUUUGCCCCAGGUGUGCUUCACUGUAGAUAUUAGUUAGUUUUCUUACCUACUUGCUGUGUGGUAUGUUUCUCUCUGUAGAAUCAUACUGUACUGCCAGGACGCUGCCAGUAGAGGUAGUGUUUUUCUGUAAUGAAAGUGAUUCAGUGGAUGCCAAUAAACUGGAACCAUUUGAACAAA